AUGGCCUUCAUCGUGCUGUAUCCGGCCGUGGCCAUGGUCGCCAUGUUCAUCGUGCUUGUCAUCAUCUUGAUUCUGAGGUGUGGCGGCCGGGUCGGGUUGCGCCACCAUGCCCUGCCGGACGAUCAGGACUUGCGGGACCAAACCUACGACCAGAAGGUCAGCUAUGCUUGAGGGGGAGAUUUUUAUGGUUUGUUUUUGUACAAGAUUUUUUUUAUAUAGAUAUUUUUACAAGAAGAGGACGACGGAUUGAAAGCCAAAUGUCUUAAAGUUUAGUAACUUCCUCUCACUUAGUUUGUAGCAGAUUCGUAUCUAUUCCAACUCAACUUUUAACACAUUCCAAACAAAAACAGUCCCUCGACAAGCUCUUCGUACUAAGAAAUGAACUGCAGACAGCCUCAACAGCACACAAAAAAGGCUCAUCGCGAUAAUCUCGAAGGGUUCGCCCAAACCGGAUGUGUCCCGCCAUCCUCCGCAAUCAAAGAGUCUCAAUCAGUUUCUCUUCUCUCAUCAAUUUCAGUCCUUUUUUUCGUUUUACCCUCGUCUUGUCCACAGAUUUUUAAGCGAGCCACAAAAAAAAGUAACCUCCUCAUCCUUCUGCUUCUGCCAGAGACUAAAUCGAAAUUAGGAAGCAAAGAGUAGGAAAAAAAGUUUGUUACUUCAUUUCCGGCUGGGCAAACAGCUUCCUUUUCCCUUCCCAAAAAAAUCCCCCAAUCUAAUACUAAAUUUAAGAGAUCUUUUAAUCGAAACUGAUUCCAUCCAAUGUUCAGUACUUGCUUUUCGAGUACGCGUAAAAGAACUGCACUUUUAGGUAAAAUCUUUUUCUCAAAAGCGAACAUUUAUUUUACUAGAGUUAAGAUCGAAUUAUAGUCGUAAAAGAUUCCGUCCUAGCAAUAAAAGUCAUUCCAACAAUCGUCAAUAACAAAUAAAAACAAUGUUGUAAUUCAUAGUUGGCAAUUUGCCACCUCUCUUCCUUGUCAUAUUUUUAAUUACGGUUCUCCUCGUUAACUUUUGAAUUCGUGAAAAAUAAAGCAGCCCUUUCAUUAAUGGGAGGUGCGAAAAUUUUAAUUAUUUAAAAAAAAACAAUAUAUAGAUUACGCACACAUCCACCACUAUAAAGCAGAGGAAUUCGUUAAUUUUCAACCGAAUGAAAAUCAUAUCAACCUGCAUAAGUUAUAAGCGAAUUAAAAUUUUAAAAGCAAUGUACACACAAACCGUCGGAAUGAUAAAUAAAAUGCAAUAAUCUUAAUGAG